CGCACGAAAGGAAAAGUUGGCAAAGUUGCGUUGAGUUAACGCACCGAUCUGAAUCGAUUCGAACCGGAAUCCCACCUUCUUUCCCGAAUCCUUUUUCAUAUGCACUACCUUCUCCACUUAUAAAUCGUCAUUCCUGUUUUUCCGACUUCUUGAUACUGCAAUUUGGGGAGCCUAUACAUAUUCGCAUCGAAGAUCAGUCAUGUCGUUCAGAUUCCGAGGAGGGUCGAAUGCUUCUUCUGGGAUGGGUGUAGCUGAGCACUGCAAAGGCACGUUUCUGGAACUACAAAGGAAAAAGGCUCACCGAUAUGCCGUUUAUGACUUUGACUUCGUGACUUCCGAUAACUGUCAAAAGAGCAAGAUAUUCUUCAUCGCCUGGUCACCUGAAUCUUCUAGGAUCCGUGCCAAAAUGCUUUAUGCAACAUCUAAAGGCCGCCUCAGACACGACUUAGAUGGCGUUCACUAUGAGAUUCAGGCUACUGAUUCUACAGAAAUGGAGCUCGAUGUGCUUAGAGAACGCGUCUACUGAUUUUUCUUUAUGCACUUUUUAAGCUAGCCUUUUAGUGUUUUUCGUGUUGUUUGUAACACAUCGUUAUACAAAUAUGCAUGGUUGUCUUGUGUAGUUUUUUAUGUAUAU